AUGGGCGUGGCCGGGGAUCGCACCGCGGACGCCCUGGCAGGUGCGGCGACGUCCGCGAGGAGCCAGGACAGCGGCAACGACACCAAGGCCGACCUCGGCGCCGUCUUCAGUGUGCCGCUCGAGGCGGACAGCCAGGCGCAGGUGCUGCAGAGAGGCGAGGGCGCCGAGGCGGCCUCGGCAGCGCACGCGCUGGCAUCGUCCUGCGAGUGCCUUCUGCUGCUGCUGCUGCUGCUGCCGACGUCGGGCCCGACCACGCGGGGGCGCUGGCAGUCCUGGCCGCCGCUUCUGGGCCGCCGCGCGCAGUCGCGGUGGGCUCGGCGUGGGGCGCCGGCCACUUCCUCGGCAUGGCGGCGGCCGUGGUGCCGGCGGCGCUCGGCUGGCGCCCAGUGCACUCCGGGGCCGCCUCCCUGCCCAGCCGCUACGGGGAGUACCUGGUCGGGCUCUCCCUGA